AUGAGUGGAUGGUUCAGCGUCCUGAAAGGCUCCAGUGCUGGGAAUAGCGAGCCGCAGGCGGUGCGAGCCCUGCCAGCUUCAUGGUACCGCUCACCGGCCAUGUACGAUCUAGAGAGAAGGGCUAUCUUUUCCAAAAAGUGGUUGGUUGUGUCCCACAAGGCGAGAUUCGUCGAACCUGGCGACUUCCUCAAAGUCACCGAAGCUGGAUUUACCUUCUUCCUCAUCAAAGAUCGUCAAGGUGAGAUUAGAGCGCACCACAACGUGUGCCGCCACAGGGCAUAUCCCAUAUUGGAGAAGGAUUCGGGAAAACUGUCAAUACUGGCUUGCAAAUACCAUGGCUGGUCAUAUGGAUUCGACGGCAAGCUGGCCAAGGCACCCAAGUACCAAGAACUCCCCUCGUUCGACAAGGCCGCCAACAGGCUGUUCAGCAUACAUGUCCACGUGGACAAGCUGGGCUUCAUAUGGGUCAACUUAGACGCAGAGGCUACACCAGCAGUGUCUUGGGAAGACGACUUUUCCGCGGUUGACCUUCAACCACGCUUGCAGGGCUUCGAUAUGACCAAGUAUCGUUUCGACCAUCAGUGGGAAAUGGAUGGCGAAUACAACUGGAAGACCUUAGCUGACAACUACAACGAGUGCUACCACUGUCCGACCGGACAUCCGGCCCUCAACAAUGAGACGGAUCUCUCGAAGUACUGGGUUGAGACAUCAGGCGGACACAUCCAGCACUUCAACGUCGACAAACCAGACAAGGAGGGCAUGGGCAUUCACAGCACCUUUUACUACCCGAACGUCGCUAUCACUAUUUCGCACAAUGACGCCUCGGAUGAAGACUUUACCGGUAUUUGGGAGUUUUUCAAGCAAGUUCUGCGAGAGGACAAAGACCUAUGCAACGCCGCACAGAAGAACCUGAAUGCUGGAAUCUUCCUAAAUGGAGAGCUUCAUCCUCGAGUCGAAAAGGGACCCUUGUUCUUCCAAGAUCUGACGCGAAAACUCGUCAUGGAGCACCAAAAGCAGGAAGAGACGGUCGGCCAUGAGAUUUGGCCAGCCACCCCAAGGCACAAGCUGACGGACAAGAACGAAGAGGAGGUGGAUUUUUGCAAUGCACUUGACAGGGCUGCUUGCCAAGCGCGGAAGGCAGAGCUUAGUUGGUAG